CCAAGCCGACCGACCAUGCCGCAGACGACCAUAGCGGCCAAGGAGGUGGAGAAGGUGGUCACCGCCGACGAAGAGACAACAGAUAUCGUCGUCCAUAGGGUGCCGUACGGGGACCCGCCAGCGGUCCGGGCGCUGGACACGAGCGAGCUUGGCACGUGGUCCCUGUACCGCGCCCUCAUCGGCGAGUUCACGGCCUCCCUCAUCCUCCUCUACGUGAGCAUCGCCACCGUCAUCGGGUACAGGAACCAGUCCUCCGCCGCCGACGAGCGGUGCACCGGCGUCGGCUACCUCGGCGUCGCCUGGUCCUUCGGCGCCACCGUCUCCGUCCUCGUCUACUCCACCAGCGGCGUCUCAGGUGGGCACAUAAACCCGGCGGUGACGUUCGCGCUCUUCAUGGCCGGGAAGGUGACGCUGGUGCGCGCGGUGCUGUACGUGGCGGCGCAGUGCCUCGGCGCCGUCGUCGGCGUGGGCGUCGUCAAGGGGAUCAUGAAGCACCCCUACGACGACCUGGGGGGCGGCGCCAACGCGGUGGCCGGGGGGUACUCGCUCGGGGCGGCCCUUGGCGCGGAGACCUUGGGCACCUUCGUCCUCGCCUACGCCGUCUUCUCCGCCACCGACCCCAAGCGCACCGCCCGCGACGCCUUCGUCCCCCUGGUGGCGGCGCUCCCGAUCGGCAUGGCGGUGUUCGUGGUGCACCUGGCCACCAUCCCGAUCACCGGCACGGGCAUCAACCCGGCGAGGAGCCUGGGCGCCGCCGUGCUGUACAACCAGCACGAAACCUGGAAGCAACACUGGAUCUUCUGGGUCGGGCCUUUCACCGGCGCGGCCAUGGCGGCGUUCUACCACAAGAUCGUGCUGCGCGACGGGGCUGUGGUGAAGGAGUCGCUGGCGGCGAUGGGCUCCUUCAAGAGGAACAGCUCCACUGCUUGAAGAUCGAUCGUGGAG